AUGGGAUUUGAACUGCAGAUGAGCUGGAUGCCGAGUCUACCAAGUCAGAAGCGGAGGAACGGUCCGCCUUUAGGGUUGCGGAAUCUCGGCAACACCUGUUACCUAAACAGUGUCCUUCAGUGUCUCACCUACACUCCUCCCCUCGCCGAUUUCUGCCUUCGUCAUAAACACUCUUCCAUCUGUGAGGAGCGGAAAGCGGAAUGUCCUUUUUGCCUAGUCGAGAAAAGAAUCGCGAAGUCUCUUACCGUGGAUCUGGCGAUCGAUGCGCCGAUCAAGAUUUCACACUGCCUCAAACUUUUUGCCGAGCAUUUUAAGUCUGGGCGUCAAGAGGACGCACAUGAGUUUCUGCGUUACGUGAUUGAUGCGUGCCACAAUACUUGUCUCCGCCUGAAUAAGUUGCGAGCCAAGAAGGGCGGUGAGCCUCUUGACGGCGAUACCGAGGUGAAGAAGAUUUUCGGCGGUGCGUUGCAGAGCCAGGUCAAGUGUUUGUCAUGCGGUGCGGAGUCGAAUAAGGCUGAUGAGAUUAUGGAUAUCAGUCUUGAGAUUUUGCACAGCAGCUCGGUGAAUGAGUCGAUGCGAAAGUUUUUUCAGCCAGAGAUUUUAGAUGGCAACAAUAAGUAUAGAUGUGAGAGCUGUAAGAAUCUGGUGACGGCGAGGAAGCAGAUGUCGGUACUCCAAGCGCCUGAUAUCCUUGUUAUCCAAUUGAAAAGGUUUGAAGGCAUUUUUGGUGGGAAGGUUGAUAAGGCCAUUACGUUUGGUGAGAUUCUGGUUCUCUCGAGCUUCAUGAGUAAAGCAAGCAAGGACCCUCAACCAGAAUACAAGCUUUUUGGGAUAAUUGUGCACGCGGGAUUUUCUCCUGAAUCUGGGCACUAUUAUGCAUACGUUAAGAACUCCAUUGGUAAAUGGUAUCGCUGCAAUGAUUCGUUUGUCUCACUCUCCACCUUGCAAGAGGUUUUGUCAGAGAAAGCUUAUAUUCUGUUUUUCAGCCGUUGUAGCCAGAGGCCAGAAUCUGCUAAAACUCUGGUAGCAUCCAAUGGGACUACAUCUCAUGAAGCUAAUGGCUGUGAGACAUCAAAGCUCCAGAGGUUUAUUGGUCCUCUUAAUAAUGUCAACAUGAAGCCACGGCCCGAUGAGCAGUCCUUCGAGAAGGAUAACCUGGCUUCUUCAAACCGCCAUAAAUUUAUUCGUCCCCUUAAAGAUGCUAACAACAUGAAACCACGACCAGAGCAGUCUCUCCACAAUGUUUCUACCGCCAAAGUUGAAAAGGUUCCUUUGAAGCCACAUGCAAAAAUCACUAUAUCUGUCAACCUGGGUGCCAAAAGGGUCUCUCCUGCUGUCAACAGACUUUCUUUCCACCAAGAUGAGAACAUAGCUCCAAAGGCGGACAAAGAGAAUAUCGUAUCCGCUUCUCCAGCUGGGGUUUACACCUGCUCGGAGAAAAAGUUUGGUACUGAGAAUGGUGGCAACGGAGUCAAAGAAAACGGCAGCGCACAAGGUUGUAGUAGUAGUAAUUAUAAUGAUGUGGCAUUGCAUCCCCAUGAGCGUAAUGGCUACAGCAGCAAUGGAGUUGGUCACCACAAAGAUAACUUACAUCCUUGCAAGAGUAAUGGUUCACAAAACGGAACUGAUCACCAGGAAAUCGAGAAGGACGGUGUUACUGUUAGUACAACACAACCCAAAGCCUUGGGUUCUACAACAAAUGAAAACCCCUGCAUUUCGCCUAGAAAAGACGAAUCAUCUCCUGAUGAACUUGAAGCAAUGAAGGAGAGCCUUGCGAAAGAAGCGUCAUCAUAUUUACGGUCAUGCGGUUGGUAUGAUCAAGUAGAAACCUCCAUGCGUGCCAAGAAGAGAUUACGUACAGAGCAAUCAGGAGGAGAUGUUGAAGACAGUAUCGACCUAAAGAGGAGGUUGAUAGCAGAUGUAAAAUCAAGCUUGUCUCAGAUUCCAGAGGAAUUGAAAAACCGGCUCUGGUUAACUAGCAAGAAGAAAUACUCGGGAACCAUUCAUUGUUUGCUUAACCGUUGA